AUGGGCUCCUCUCCAUUCACAAUGAGGUCAAUUCUGACUCUCUUCCUCCUCGUGGUCCAACUCGCCUCUGCUCUGAAAUUCGACCUCCCCGCCACCUCAGGUAGCGGCAAGAACGAGCGAUGUAUCCGCAACUUUAUCUCCAAGGACCAGCUGGUCGUCGUGACCGCCAUCGUGAGCGGUUCCAAGGGUGAUGGCCAGCGCGUCAACAUGCACACAACACCGCAACCACAAACCCACCUCGACCCAGUUGCUAACAACUCACAGAUCAAGGAUUCAAUGGGCAAUGACCACGGUCGCCCGAAGGAUAUUGUCGGUGAAGUGCGCCAGGCAUUCACCUCAACCGCCGACACCACCUUCGACGUGUGCAUGGAGAACCUACUCGUUGGUCGCCACUCCUCGCCCAACCCCGUCCGCGAAGUCGAACUCGACGUCGAAAUCGGCGCCGACGCCCGCGACUGGUCCAGCAUCCAAGCCCAAGAGAAACUAAAGCCCGUCGAGACUGACCUCCGCCGCAUCGAAGAGAUGGUCAGCGAGAUCGUUACUGAGAUGGACUACCUACGUGCCCGGGAGCAGCGUCUCCGCGAUACAAAUGAGAGCACCAAUGAGCGUGUGAAGUGGUUCGCGUUCGGUACUAUGGGUAUGCUGGUUGGUCUUGGUGCGUGGCAGGUUGUUUACCUGCGGGCGUACUUCCGAUCUAAGCAUCUGAUUUAA